UAGAAGUGCUUGCCCUAUCACAAACAACAACAAAACCCGAUUCGUCAAACAUUUUAAAGCGCUGGAACAAAUCGUAUCGCUUGUUAUUUAAUCGCAUACACUCGGAUCAGUUGGACCUUCCAUCCCUGGCACGGACUCUACUCGAGUGCAGAGAAAAGUGAUAAUCAUAUACAAGGGAAACAACACAGCUUCAUCAUGACGAUACCGACGGUUUCGUACAAACAAUUCGGCGAUGUUUCUCAACCGGUCCCCACGGUAGGCACUAAACGAUGGAUUGUCCUGUACAUAAUGGUCACGGCGGUACUGUUAACCUCGCUUGCCUGCUGGAACAAUCUGUCGGGAGGAUCAUUGGUCGAAAUAUUCCAAAAUGAUGGUGAUGAUGUACCUCCGCCACACACGCAGUACGCCAAGAUGGCCCGCUAUCUGGUGCAUAAGGCCGAAUGGGUUUCGAUGGGUUCCCUUUCGACAGUGGACGCCAUCAAGGGUUUCCCGAUGGUAAACAUCAUUUCGGUUGCGGACAGUGCACGGGGUGAAAAAUCAACCGGUGUCAUGUACUUCUACCUUACCAUGCUUGACUACACGGCCCAGGAUCUGCACAAGGACAACCGUCUCACCGUGAUGCUUUCGCUGGAUCAGGACAAGUACUGUACGAACAAUGGUAUCGAUCCAAUGGAGCCAACCUGCGCACGAAUCAUGAUCUCGGGCCGGGCGGAUAAAAUCGAAAACGGUACCGAUGAAUAUAACUUCGGUUCCCGGGCUAUGUUUAGCCGUCAUCCGGCUGCAGAAAAGUGGAUUAAAACUGACGGACAUAACUUUUUCCUCUGCAAGCUGAACAUCACUCAAAUCGCUGUACUUGACUUUUACGGUGGUCCACACUACAUUACCGUGGAAGAUUACAUGGCGGCAGAUCCUGAUAAGAAGCUUGCAGCCACUGACGACAGCAGCAAGAACGAACGUCAAAUUCCGCCCCGUUUUUCACCAACGCCCGUCACGGUUGAGUGAGAGUACGCGCCAAUUGCGAAAGGUGUUUUUGACGAGAAAUUACGAAUGUACGAUAAGCACGGUACAAUAUGCUGUCCGUAUGUGAUAAUAGCAAAACGAAAAAUCAUAGAACAGAUAGCGAAAGAACGGUAGAAAGAGAGAUAAUUGGCAGACUGUUAGGAAAUCUCCGAUCAGCGCUAGAAAGGUCAUAAAGAAUGCAUUUCAAAAUGCAUCCAUUACGAGCGUGCUUUUGUCUGAUAACGCUCACAUACUUUAAACCGUAACGUUUGUGAAAGUGAUAAUGUUUCAACAAUAAUCGAUGUACGUAGUUAGAAGGGACACGGGGAGGGUUUUUAAAAAAGAGUUUUAUCCAUACAGACAUCUAGAAUCGGAAUAAUAAAAUCAUAUUUGAUACAGAUUUCUAUAUUUUAUACAAAA